AUGUGGACAUAUACAACUUUAAUUGUCAUUAUUCAACUUAGUGAUAUACAUCAUACUUACGCUAUGCUGGGCAAGAUUAUUGAUGAUUUCGCUUGUCGAUCAACUAAUAAAAAAUGUGGAACAAAUAUGAAAUUUGUGACAAUUAUGGAGACCAUUAGUCCAAAAAAUUUAUUUAAUUAUGGAAAAUGCAUUCAGCGUUGUUCAUGUAUAUCUAAUGAAUAUGAGGAAAAAAAUGGUAAUUGCGUUCAGAAGUUUCGCUUUUCCGAUCAUCAGGUAACUGAAACAGUGGUUAAGACAGGCGUAUGUGGAUGGCAAGAAAAUAUGCUCAGAUCGCAGCCAACAUCCAUUCUUUCUAAUUCAGCAAAUGAAAUAUCAGAAGGAACCGUAAAAAUUGCCGAGAUCCUUCUAGACUAUCUGAUGGUAACCGUCCUGCUGAAACUGCAUCACACGUUGCAGAAUACUAGAGAGCAAAGCAGUUUGGGAAGGGCUACUAGAGGCUUAACUAAAUAA